AUGCGCUCCACUGUAACAAGCAGCGCGACAGAUUUUGCUGCCGAUUUUGGCCAUACUUGGAGUUUUAUGGACUUGCCUCAUUUUGACGUCAAACCUACAAUAGUACAAAAAGUUGUUGAUCCAUUUGUCGACCUUGGUCAUCUAGUAAUCUUGGAUCGUGACAAUAUUGAAGGAGACGUGUCGCAAAACCUUUUGUCUCGAGCUCGAAACAAUGCCCAGUACCUCUACAACAAAAUAUGGGAGUUGAAUCGAAAACAUGUAGAGGAGGCAGUCAUGGCCGAACUUCCUAAUUCGUCGUUCAUUUUACCGAGAGAAAAGAAGGUCUUUGAUGAAGCAACCAAAGAAUGGAAACCUAGUUAUGGCUACAGGCGAGGAAACGAUGAUACCAAGGAUUGGCUCAUUGAAAUUCCUGACAAUGCUGGUACGUUGACUUUGGGAAAUCCGCUUUUUUCAAUUCAUCAUGAAUCGUGUGCUUGUUUAGACCCAAAUAAGGAUUAUUUUGCUGAAAGAGUAGAAAAGAAGAAAGAGCGAGUAGCUAAAAAUGAAACGCAA